AUGAACGAAUUACAAAAGAAUCUUCCCAUCUAUCAGUAUAGAGACUCAUUGGUCGCUGCUAUCAAAGAAUAUCAGUUUCUAGUCGUAGUAGGUGAUACUGGAAGUGGUAAAACUACUCAACUGCCUCAGUAUAUUCUUCAGGAUCUUUCAGAUUCCAUUCACAACAUUGUCGUCACUCAACCAAGACGAAUAGCUGCCAUCUCUGCUGCAACAAGGGUUUCUGAAGAACACCAAACAAAACUCGGUGAUCUCAUUGGAUAUACUGUCCGCUUCGAAAAGUGUCUUUCUGCAUCAACUCGACUCACUUAUGUCACCGAUGGCAUUCUGCUUCGUCAAUGCACCGCAGAUCGUCAACUCACAUCCUACGAUCUUGUUAUUCUCGAUGAAGCCCAUGAGCGCAGUCUCGAAACUGACAUUUUGUUUGGUCUCUUGCGUCGAGCCUGUCGUUUACGACCUGCGCUCAAGGUUGUUAUCAUGAGUGCCACGUUAGAUAUCGACGAGUUUUCGUCUUUUUUUAACGAUUGUCCAGUCUUUUCUGUUCCUGGUCGCAUGUUUACUGUAGAUAUCCUCUGGCAAAAAAAUAUGAAUUUUGCUGUAUUAAAGGCUUCGUUUGUUAAUCGAUGCGUAGAAACAUGCAUGCAGAUUCAUUGUGAAGAACAACCUGGAGAUAUAUUGGUGUUUCUUACUGGCCAACAAGAAAUUGAGACGGCGAUGCAGAGAAUUAUGGAGGCACACCAGGAUCUUGAUUACAGCACAGUCAGAUACAACAAUGAUGUUUCCAAUAUUGUCGUGUAUCCAAUCUACAGUACACUCGAAAGUAUUGAGCAACGUGCCAUAUUUCAUCCACCACCUCCUACAGUCCGAAAAAUCGUUCUUGCCACCAACAUUGCUCAAACCUCUGUCACUGUCCCGGGCAUUCGCUAUGUAGUCGAUAGCGGAUUUGUAAAACAAAAAAUGUAUGAUUCUCAAACAUAUAUGGAUGCAUUAGUAAUUGUCCCUAUUAGUCAAGCUGCCGCAACGCAAAGAGCUGGUCGGGCUGGUCGCACCGAACAUGGAAGAGUAUACCGCUUAUAUUCACGAGAAGCAUUCGAAGAAAUGGAUAAAGCUACUGUGCCUGAAAUUAAACGCAGCUCAUUACUGGGAACUGUGCUGCAGCUUAAAAAAAUGGGAAUUGAUGAUGUUUUGAAUUUUGAAUUUAUCGAUCCACCUGAUCCAGACUUGGUUAUUGCAGCCACUAAGCAACUUUUUCUACUAUCUGCUGUAGACGAGCAUGGGCAUUUGACACCGCUUGGCAAACAAAUGAGUGAACUGCCUUGCUCACCGUUUUUGACUCGUGCACUUAUAUCAGCUGCCGUAGAUUUCCACUGCGCAUAUGAUGUCGUGACUAUCGUAGCAAUGCUAUCUAGCGAAGAAGUUUUCUCCACUCCAAGAUCAAAAAAGCGUCAGUCUGAAGCAGAUGAGGCACAUCAACGCUUUUACCAUUAUUCUGGAGACCAUAUGACACUUUUGCAGGUAUAUAACGCAUGGGUCAAGGAAGGCUAUUCGCGCGACUGGUGUAUUCAAAACUAUUUACAUUACAGAGCACUUAAAAACGCAAAAAGUAUUCGAUCUCAGCUGGUUGAUAUUAUGAAGCGAUUGCAAUUGCAUGUAGAUAUAGGGGAA